UUGAUUUGAGUACAGAAAUGUAAGAAGAAUUUUUGAAAAUUUAUACAGUACUGAAGUCAUGUGUGUCAUUGUGUGUUUUGUGUUUGUGUUUUAUCCAGUGUUAAUAUGUAUUAAUACUUGCAGAAGUUGUGGAUUAACUUUGGUGACGUUGAGGUAAGGGAGUCCACACUGUGUCUGAGAAGUGUCUCAAGUGGUUCACCUAUGGAAUACCAUAGGACUUUCGGUCUCCAGUUGAUCAGUCUCAGGAUGUGGUGCAACUGCUGUAGGAGUUCAAGCCACUCUUCGACGAUGUGCCACACCAGUGUUCUCUGCUGGAGCACGACCUAGUACUGCUGCCUGACACAUCUCCCAUCAAGCAAGCACACUACCGAAUGAGCCCUGAUAAGCGGGAGAAGCUGAAGCAGGAGGUGGAGUAUCUGCUGGAACAUGACCUAGUGGAGAGCAGUAGCAGUGCAUGGGCGUCACCUUGUGUGCUGGUGCCUAAACCUGACGGAAGUGCCCGCAUGUGUACUGACUACAGGAAUGUCAACCUGGUGACAUGUGCUGAUGCAUAUCCAUUGCCGCGCAUCGACGACGUCAUCGAUAUUGUGGGUUGAGCAUCAUUUGUCACCAAGCUGGAUCUUCUCAAAGGCUACUACCAAAUCAAACUCUCGGAAGAAGCAAAGCAGAUUUCAGCUUUUGUCACUGCGGAGGGGCUGUGGCAAUACAAAGUUAUGCCCUUCGGCCUCAUAGGAGCACUAGCAACAUUUCAGCGAGCGAUGCAUAUAGUGACAUCAGGCCUGCCUGGAGUGUACGCCUAUCUAGAUGAUCUGGUCGUCGUCGGUGACACAUGGGUACAACACAUUGGCCGACUCCGUGAACUCUUCAAUCGUCUAACAGAGUUCAACUUCACCGUAAACCUACCUAAGAGUGAAUUCGGACAUGCCACCUUAAUCUUCUUGGUCAUGUCAUUGGACAAGGGAAAAUUGCUCCAAUUGAUGCCAAGGUUGCCGAUAUUCUCAGUCUACCCGCACCUCACAAUCGAAAGGCUCUCAGAAGAUUUCUCUGGAUGGUUGGAUUCUACAGGAGGUUUUGUAAAAAUUUUGCCAGGGUGGUCACUCCCAUGACAGAUUUGGUCACCCCACAAAGAAAAUUGUGUGGACUGAUGAAUGCCAGACAGCAUUCGAAAAGGUUCGUGGGUUGUUGGCGACGGCACCUGUACUGCAACUCCCAGUACAAUCGGAUGCAUGUGACACAGGAGUUGGUGCUGUGUUAAUGCAAAAAGGGAAAGAUGGAAUAUUGCACCUGAACGGUUAUUUCUCGGUCAAACUGAAAAAGCAGCAACGUGGAUAUGCCACAAUAGAAAAAGAAGCAUUGGCCCUUUUGUUAGCUCUGGAAAAGUUUGAGGUGUAUGUAAUUGGAUCACCUUACCCAGUGAUAGUUUAUACAGAUCAUAAUCCACUUCAGUUUGUUCAUAAUAUGAGAAAUAAGAAUCAAAGACUGUUAUGGUGGUCAUUAGCUCUUCAACCCUAUAUUUUAGAAAUUGCCGACAUUCUAUCUCGUGUUGAGUAAAAGUUUAUUCAGAGCUUCUUAAACUUUUAAAUUAAGGGGGGAGAGGUUACGAGUGUCGGAAUAAGAACCAAUGAAAAGAUUACUGGUCGGCAUAUGAACUUCAACUGAUUCGUUGUGUACACACUGAAGCGGUUAAAAUUUAGAUAUUAUAUGUUAUACUUGAAAUGUAGUAACAUUAGUUUCAAUGUGUUAGGUAAAACAAAGUAAUGUUUAUUGUAUUAGUCUCGAAUACUAAUGAAUGAGUGAGCGUUUGAUAGCUAUUUGUGGAUUCAUUUCCGCCCACCUCUGCUCGCUCUGUUUAACUCUCAGACCCUGGUGGCUUUAGUAUUGGGCUGGCAGUUGUAAGAUAAGUAUCUCCUCUCCUAUUGUAUAUUUCUAGUGGUAUACCGUGUUAACCUUGCUCGACUUUUAAGAACACCAAGUAUUAUAUAGUGGUUUAUACGUGAGACUGUGGGUAGUCACAUUUUAGAAUUCAACGGUAAAUAACUUACUUGUUUGUGAGUUACGUGUGUUGGAUAACCACGUUGUUCAGGGUAGUGUCUAGACUAAAUAAAUGUUUAAUCAGUACUUUGAUGUUUGUUAUUUCGUCACUUGGUUGAGUUGUUUAUUUGUUCAGAUUUAAUUUGUAUUUAUUUAUUUUUGUGCAUACGGAUAUACUUGUUUUAUUGUUUGUUUGUUUGUUAAUAUGUUUUGUAAUUAAAGCCACUGCAUGAAUUUCAAUAUACCCCAUAGUAAUGAGGUGAUAAUUUGGUAGGAUCUAUUCCUGGACCUAUAAUACAAAGUGUAAUUUGUGAUAUUGUUACACCUUAAGAAGUCCAAGGCUCGUAACCAAAUUGGCGACUAUGCCAGGAUAGAUCCCUUUUCACUCGUUAUCUAUUGGGAAUAUUUAAAUAUAGAUAUUCUUUAUUGAUUAAUCAUGGCUACUUUUGAUGUGGAGGAGUUUGUUGAAAAUCCAUCCGUGGAAAUGUUGAAAGACAGUGUGUUAAGAAAGGAUGAUUGGAUAAAACUUGCUGAUACAUAUGAAAUUGAGUAUCGACGUAGUCAAAGAAAGUCUGAAAUUCAAAGUGCAGUACUAACUGAAGAGGUGCUACCGAAGGGGGCACUGACUUUGCGUUCAUUUGACCCCAGGGAAGCUGUAGAGAUCAGAGAGUUAGAAAUGGAGCACGAGUUGGCUUUGAAGGAAAGAGAAGAAAGGGAAAGAGUGUGUGAAAGGCAGCAUGAAUUAGCAUAUGCACAGGUUAGCAGUAGAAGACAAGACUUACAGGCAUUGUCUUUAGAAUCUGAGACAAAAUUGUUUUUUGUGACAAAACAUUUGAGACUUGUGCCUGCUUUUGACGAGGAGGACCCAGAAAGUUUUUCAUGCAGUUUGAGAAAAUUUCAAAGUCUUUUCAGUGUCCUGAAGAGUCGUGGAUUGCUAUGCUUCAAAGGGUGUUCACUGGGUCAGCUCGUUCAGCAUUUCUGUCUUUGUCGAAUGAAGUUUUUCGUAUUUAUAAGUUAGUGAAAGAGGAAAUUCUUAAGGCAUAUGAACUCAUUCCUGAAACAUAUAGAGUGAAAUUUAGAACUAUGAGAAAGACUGAUGUACAGUCGUAUAUAGAAUUUGUUUAUUCAUUGAGUAAAAUGUGUAGAAGGUGGAUAAAGUCUGGCAAGGUAGAAACUUUUGAGGAACUUGUUGAGUUGAUGAUUUUAGAACAGUUCAAAAGAGCCACUCCAAGAGAUAUACAAUUGUACUUAGGAGAGAGAGAUAUUAGUAAUGUUCAUAAAGCUGCUGCAUUAGCUGAUAGCUAUGCCCUUACUCACAAAAUGCAUCCUGUUAAAUCUCAAAAUCAUUCAGGUGGAAAGGGUUUUGUAACCAAGGAAAAGGGUGGUAGGCAGGAUAGUAGUAUUACGUCUUCUAGUAAAGUAAAUUUUCGUGGAAACUCAGGUGAGCUUUCCAAGACCUAUGCCAAGACUAAAUCAUUUGUCUGUUUUUACUGUAAGAAACCAGGUCAUGUGAUUGCAAAUUACCCUAAAUUGGAAGCAAAGAAGGAAGAGCCAGUGCUCUCAUUCGAACCUCUGGAAAAGUUUGACAAAACUUUAGUAAGAAAUCGCCCAAAGGAGGAUUCUUUUGAACCUUUCAUGUUUGAAGGUUCAGUUGCAGUUGAAGAAUCAGAUGAUCAGUACCCUGCGAAGAUUUUGCGUAACACUGGUGCUUCUCACAGUAUUCUGUUGAAAGGAUCUGUUCCCUGUGUGGAAGAUUCCUAUACUGGAGAGCAUUUGGUGCUUAAGGGUGUCAUUGGAGUGAUCACUUCCUUUGUGUAGGGUGUUUUUGAGAACUCCACUUGUGACUGGUUGGGUGACUAUUGGUGUUCAAGAUUCUCUUCCUGUGACAGGGGUUACUUUUUUGCUGGGUAAUGUUAUUGCAGGAGCC